GUCUUUACUAUGUAUGGAAACCUCCAUGGGACGAAUCCCAGAGGACGUUCCACAUGAUUUCACGAAAAUCCGAAUCGAAAACUGCCACCUGACUGAGUUGCCACGAGGAUCUUUUUCUAAAAUUAGUGCCUUGGAGUUCCUCUGGUUGAAUUUCAAUGAGAUCACCCUGAUGAACAUCAAAAGCCUGGAGGGGCUGGCUAACCUCACUGAGCUCAGGCUGCAAGGGAACAAGCUGACUUCGGUACCAUGGGCCGCAUUUCAGGACACCCCGAAACUGAAGAUUCUGGACCUCAAGCACAAUCGCCUGGAUGUCCUGCCUGAGCACGCUCUCAGACACUUACCUGCACUGACCUACUUAGAUUUAUCCUUCAACCAGCUUAGUGUCAUAUCAAAAGAUGUGUUCACUCAGUGGCCUCUUUACCAAUCGGCAGAGAAGUCGUGGGGGAAAGAGGGACUGGUCUCCAACGUGGUUCUGGCGCUGCACGAUAACCCCUGGUUGUGCGAUUGUCGCCUCAAACGCUUCGUCGAGUUCAUCCGGACGGUCGGCCCUCCCAUCAUUCUGAUGAACUCUUAUCUGAAGUGUUCGGGCCCGGCCUCCAAAGCUGACAAGUUCUUCCACGAGAUCCAGCUGAAAACAUGCAUGAAGCCCGUGGCCUCUGCCCCAGAGACAAACAUCACUUUGCCUCUUGGAGCAAAUGCAACACUCACAUGCUUAGUCAAGGCCAGGCCGGGCCCGAGCAUUCAGUGGCUGUACAGUCUGAAGAUUAUAAGAGGAUUUGCUGCUAAAGAGACUCAAAUAAAUGAAGAGACCAUCUCAUCCCAGCUGGUGAUCCCGUCUCUCCAGCUGGCAGACCGAGGACUCUACACCUGCAUGGCAAACAACUUCAUUGGCAACUCCUCUGUCAGCAUCUCGGUCAACAUCAGCACCUUCAAUUCCUCCUAUCCCCUCCCUCCGCCUGUCCCCAGGUUGUCGUCUGAUGACAAUACCUUCAUCGACAUCCGCAUCGCCAAGCAGACAGUUUACGGUAUCACCCUGGAGUGGCAUGCAACAACAGAAAACCCAGCUGAAACCUGGUUCACCAUCCACUUCGGCAAAUACGAUUCACCCAAAAAGGAGUUGAUCUACAUCGGCCCAGGCAUCAACAGCUACUCCGUCGCUGACCUGCUUCCUGUCACCAAGUACGAGGUCUGCGUGACCCUAAAGAAUCAUCCACCGAGGGAGGGCCAGUGCAUCGUGUUCGUGACGGGGAGCGACAUCAGCGAGAUGGAGCAAAGAGAGAGGCUCAUCCAUAUCAUCGUCAUCGUGUGCGCCAUGGUGCUUGCGGUGCCGGCAGGCAUGUACGCCUGCACCACCGAGGCCAGGUUCAGCUGCUUUGAUCGCUGCGUGGAUCUGUGGAAGAAGCGCAGACGGCACGGAGAGAGCAUGCAGGGAACGGAGAGGCAGGGCACCUUUGACAGUCUGCAGGCAACCAGCGAGGAGGGCCUGUGCAGAGACUCGGAGGAAAAGCCAAAAAAUAGGCGGAAGUCUCAGGACAGGUGCAAAGGAGGAAGCGCAGCUCAUCUGUACUAGCAGCAAAGUUGAGAAAUGUACAUAAAUGUGAAUUUGUAAA